CUAGGGGGCGCUGUGGUCACAGCUGCUGUUGUUUUUAUUCUCAAACAGGCAAGAUGGCGGAAGCUGAGGAGCAGAAGAAGGGAUCCUGCACCUUUCUGUUCAAAAAAUCUACUAAGAAGUUUUCUGGGCGAAAAAGAAAAGCCAGUGACAGUGAUAAAGAUGGCAGUAAUGAUGAGGACCAGAGCUCUGUGGUUCGUAAAGAAAAGAAAGGCAUCCGAGUCAACCCCAUGAUUCAAAUGUCAAGGAAGGUGGAGAGAGAUGCUGUGUCUUCAAGUGAAAGUGAAACUGAGAAAGAAGACCAGAAAAUCACUGUUGCUUACAAAUCCACCCGGUCAGCAAAACCAGAGGGACCAGAGGACAUGGGUGCAACUGCUACUUAUGAGCUGGACACAGAGCGAGACAAGGACGCUCAGGCCAUCUUUGAGAGGAGUCAGAAAGUUCAAGAUGAGCUGACCGGGAAGGAGGAUGAUAAAAUCUACCGUGGGAUCAACAACUACCAAAAAUUCAUCAAGCCUAAAGAUACAACCAUGGGCAACGCCUCCUCCGGCAUGGUCAGAAAGGGACCAAUCAGAGCUCCAGAGCACCUGAGAGCCACAGUGAGGUGGGACUACCAGCCGGACAUCUGCAAAGACUAUAAGGAGACUGGUUUCUGUGGUUUUGGAGACAGCUGCAAGUUCCUCCACGACAGAUCCGACUACAAACACGGCUGGCAGAUUGAGAGGGAGCUGGAGGAGGGUCGAUACGGAGCGAACGAUGAUGAGAACUACGAGGUGAGCAGCGACGACGAGGAUCUGCCCUUCAAGUGCUUCAUCUGUAGGGAGACCUUCAAAAGCCCCAUCGUCACAAAGUGUAAGCACUACUUCUGUGAGGGCUGCGCUCUUCAGCAUUACCGCAAGUCCAAGCGAUGCUACGUCUGCAACACUCAAACCAACGGUGUCUUCAACCCCGCUAAAGAGCUGAUAGCGAAGAUGGAGAAACGUCAAGCAGCGACAGACCAACCACCAUCAGAGGAGGAAGAUUAACAUCCUCUUCAGCCUUCCCCUCUCUGUGUUCGUCUGUGUUUUUCAGAAUAAAAUACCUUCUUUUUUUAGACAGUUAACUGUAUAACUGUGUCGUCCCACAAAGUAAAAACAUUAAAGUGAACAAUGUUUAUUUUUAAAA